GGAUUCGUUCUGGAUCUUCCCCCCAGAAUCACUUUUAGGGUCGCUCUUGGCCCGUUCGAGGGGUUCCGACACGCUAAUCUAUUGCCGAGGGGAAGGGGAGAAAACGAGUUCUGGGUGAAAGAGAAAAACGACUGGCAAGAAAAAAAAAGAAAAAGAAAAAGGGUCAUCUUUCUGACCCUUCCCGGCUCCCCACAUCUCCCACUUCAACAACCCCCUUCUCCCCCCCCCGCAGUCCGUCCGUCCAACUCCAGUUCAGACUUCAAUUCGCUCAUUACUUUCCUUCUUUUUUCCUGAGUCAAUUAUUCCUGCCUUCCCCGGUUCGCAAACGCCAUGUUGCGAUCCACUGCCAGAGCUCCUUUGAGGACCCUUUGUCGACGAUCCCCAAGCAAGAGCUUUUCAACAACCCCCACAGCCGAGGCCAUCUCACCGCAUCUGCGCAAUCAGGCCGUCCCUGCUCGUAAGAACAUUUCAAGUGUUCCCCGAAAUCAAUCUACCUCUGCAUCGUAAGUCUCUUGAUGCCUGGGAAAGUUUUGUUUGCUACGGGAACCUCAUGAAACCUCGAGUUUUUAAGGUUUGUUAAGUCGUGACUCAUUAUUAUAUACAGGGAAAGACCAAUUCCUUCUCCAGCCUUCAAUCAAGAUCCUCCCUCAACAGCAUCUCCGGCAGCACAUACGCUGCACUCGCUCCAGUCCAAACAUGGCCAAGAAAUGGACGAUUCGUGAGUGACAAAAAUUUUCAUGCAGAUUCUCCGGAUCGAGAUUUGCUAACAGGAAUUUGCUCUAUCGUAGAUUUGUUGGGAUGUCAGGUGGCCAGAUCUUCCACGAGAUGAUGCUUCGGCAUGGGGUUAAGCACAUCUGUAUGUUUUCCCUUUAUUCUCGCAAAAUUUUCUGAUAUGCUCAGUUUGCUGACCCACCUGUCCUUUCUGGCAGUUGGGUAUCCCGGCGGUGCCAUCCUUCCCGUUUUUGAUGCUAUUUACCGGUCAAAACAUUUUCAAUUCAUUUUGCCCCGCCAUGAACAGGGUGCGGGGCAUAUGGCUGAGGGUUACGCACGCGCCUCAGGUAAGCCGGGUGUUGUCUUGGUUACAUCUGGCCCGGGAGCAACGAACGUUAUUACCCCUCUACAGGACGCCCUUAGCGACGGAACUCCUCUCGUGGUUUUUUGCGGUCAGGUACCUACUAGCGCAAUCGGCACCGAUGCCUUCCAGGAAGCCGAUGUUAUCGGAAUCUCCCGUGCCUGUACCAAGUGGAACGUGAUGAUAAAGGAUGUCGCGGAGCUCCCACGUCGGAUAAACGAGGCUUUUGAGAUCGCCACAUCAGGGAGGCCAGGACCUGUCCUUGUCGAUUUGCCGAAGGAUGUCACUGCCGGUAUUUUGCGGAGACCUAUUCCCGUAGCAAGUGACUUGCCUUCUCAUCCAUCUGCUGCCUCCCUGGCUGCAAAGCAGGCCAGGAGGCAGUACCUUGAUGUUACCCUUCGGAGGGUCGCCAAGCUUGUAAAUGUAGCAAAGAAGCCUGUCGUCUACGCCGGACAAGGUGUGAUUGAGCGGCCAGAGGGGCCAAAGUUGUUGAAGGUGUUUGCAGACAAGGCAAAGAUUCCUGUCACUACAACCCUCCAGGGGUUGGGAGGUUUCGACGAGCUCGAUGAGAAGAGCUUGCACAUGCUGGGCAUGCACGGGUCUCCCUAUGCAAAUUUAUCGAUGCAGGAGGCUGACCUGAUCAUUGCUCUUGGGGCAAGAUUCGAUGAUCGUGUCACGGGAAACAUCGCAAGUUAGUGCUCAUCGUGAUAGGAUAUUGCUCAUUACGCUUGGAAUCGCGGAUGCUGACGACAAAACUUAGAAUUCGCACCACAAGCCAGGCUGGCGUCUUCUGAGGGCCGUGGAGGCAUCGUCCAUUUUGAAAUAAUGCCCAAGAACAUCAACAAGGUCGUUCAAGCGACCGAAGCUGUUGAGGGUGAUGUUGCCGAAAAUCUCGCUCUCCUUAUCCCCCUAGUAAAUCCGGUGGCCGAGCGUCCGGAAUGGUUUGCACAGAUCAAUGACUGGAAAAAGCGUUACCCUUUUGACUUUGAGCGGGAGACUCCCGGCUCUAUGAUCAAGCCUCAGACUGUUAUUGAGGAGAUCAACAAGCAAACCGCACACAUGAAGGAGGAAGUUGUCAUUUCUACAGGGGUUGGUCAGCAUCAGAUGUGGACUGCUCAGCACUUUAGGUGGAGGCAUCCUCGUACAAUGAUUACUUCGGGCGGUUUGGGGACUAUGGGAUACGGUCUCCCGGCUGCUAUUGGGGCUAAAGUUGCGAGACCCGAAGCUAUUGUCAUUGAUAUUGACGGUGAUGCCAGCAUUAACAUGACGCUUACUGAGUUGUCUACUGCUGUGCAAUUCAAUAUUGGUGUCAAGGUCAUUGUGUUGAACAAUGAGGAACAAGGGAUGGUUACCCAAUGGCAAAGUUUAUUUUAUGAAGACAGGUUCUCUUGGACCCAUCAGCAGAACCCAGACUUUGUAAAGCUUGCGGAAGCUAUGGGCUUGAAGUCAAUGCGAUGUUCGGAUCCCGCCGAUGUUCCAGGCAAGAUUAAGGAGAUUCUGGAAUACGAUGGACCAAUCCUCCUGGAGGUUAUUGUAGACGCAAGUUCUUCCUAUAUUCCCUAAUAUUUCCCCCGCUUCUGACACGUUUUACAGAAGAAAGUUCCUGUCUUGCCAAUGGUGCCAGCCGGCAAAGCCCUUCAUGAAUUCCUAGCCUACGACCCGGAUAAGGAGAAGCAACGCAGGGCAGCCCUACAGGCCCGCUUCCCAGACGGAAAAUAUUAGCGCCGCGUUGGGCCAGCAAAAGUUUCCUUUUGUCCUUUGAUUUAUAAAAUUCUAGCGAUUUCUAUCUUGUCUUUCUUUUCUUUUCUUUUCCUCUUUCGGGUUUCGGGAAAAAAGGGUGAAGGGGUCCUUCAAAAAGGCAAUUACUGUUCAUUUGACUGUUUUCUGGGGGUUUUAAAACGGCUGUUUGAAUAUUUUAUGUUUAUGUGUUUUCAUUUUCUUUACCAUUCUUUUAUGAAUAGGGAAUAAUAGGUGUUACCCAGGCGCGCAUAGUACGGUGGCCCGGGGGGUAGAGUUUGUUUUUCUAUGAAAAAGGAAAGAGACUUGCACCGUUUGUAUGUAAGUUGAGUUGGGCAGGUAAGCGGAAUCGAGCUGUUCUAAGCAAGG